AAUAAAAAAAAUCACCAUGAAUCCCUGUCAAAUUUGUCAAACCGAAACAAAAAAUAGUUGCUCGAAUUGCAAACAAGUGUUCUACUGUAGUGCCGAACAUCAAAAGAAAGAUUGGAAGGACCAUAAGAAAAAUUGUCAUCCAUUUAAGAUUGCCGUCAACAAUGAAUUGGGUAGACAUUUGGUGGCCACCCGCACCAUUAAACCAUUCGAAAUUAUUCUCAAAGAAACUCCCCUCUUUCGUGGUCCAUCCCAAUUGACGGCACCCGUAUGUUUGGGCUGCCUCAAUGCCAUCGAUCCGCAGGACUAUAAAAAUUGUGAAAAAUGUGGUUGGCCUCUGUGUGGUGAUGAAUGUGUUUAUAAAGCGGAACAUGUCUAUGAAUGUGAGCUGACCAGGGCUAGAGGUAAACCGGCCAAUGUACAAGAAUUCACCAAUCCCCAUCCGUUAUAUCAAUGCUUGAGCACGGCACGUUGCUUGAUGCUGCGCGAUAAGGACCCCGAGCGGUGGCAGAAAAUUAAUGAAUUGGAAUCAUUGGAGGAUCAACGGAGGGGAUCUAUGCAAUGGAAGGCAGAUUAUGAGAGUGUAUGCAAAUUUAUAUUGAAAUUUUUUAACACCAAACUGUUCACGGAAGAUGAAAUAAUGCGCAUCAUUGGCAUAUUACAAAUCAAUGGCCAUGAGGUGCCCACCUCCGAUCCACCCCAUGUUGCCUUAUUCUAUAAGGCUUCGUUUUUGGAACAUUCUUGUACGCCCAAUUUGGCCAAGAGUUUCAAUAAGGAUGGCAACUUGAUUUUGUGGGCUCCCAAAGAAAUUAAGAAGGGUACCCAUUUGAGUAUUUGCUAUUCGGAUGCUGUAUGGGGUACGGCGGAUCGUCAACGGCAUUUAAUGCAAACGAAAAUCUUCAAAUGUCAAUGUUUGCGGUGUCUCGAUGUUACGGAAUAUGGAACACAUUAUAGUGCCCUGAAAUGUGAAAAGGAAAGUUGUCGGGGUUUAAUGUUGCCCGCCAAUCUGAAUGAUUGGCAUAAGGAGUGGACUUGCCUGGAAUGCAAAGCCCAAGUUGAUAAGGUCUAUGUCAAUAAUAUACUGGAGCGGGCCGGCAGCGAUAUUAAUGCCAUGGAGAAAACAAAAGAAAAUUGUAUCAAAUAUUUACAACACUAUGGCAAAUGGCUGCCCCCCACCCACUACUACAUGUGCGAAGUGAAAUUGUAUUUGGUUCAACAACUGGGCAAACAAGUUAACGAACUGAUGGUAUUGUCCGCUGAAGAAUUAAAUAUGAAAUUGGAAUAUGGCAAACAAUUGGUGGAAUUAUAUGAAAAAUUGGCACCAUGUGAGGUUCGUAUGCUGGGCACCUUGUGCUUUGAAGUGCACUCAGCCAUUGCUGAAAACACCAGACGCAUAUCGCUGCAAACUAGCCUUUCACCCAAAGAGCUGUUAGAAGAAUCUCUGUUAUAUGUGGAAAAGGCUGUCGGCUAUUUGCAAUACGAAUCGGAUAUCUUUGUUGAGGGUCAUAUUUUGAAACAGGCCAAAAUCAAUAGAGAUGCUUUGAAAAUGGUUAUGAGAAUGUAAAAAAAAUA